GCAGCAGAGAUAUUUUUGUAGACUUAAAAACUGAGCACAGAUACCUCCGGCUGCUUAUUGAGGCUGUCUACUGGAAAAGUAUUCAAAUAUGAUGGACUGCAACUUAUCAAUCAAUUAAAAACUUGACAAAACAACAACAAAUUAAGCUGCUUCUGCUAAAAUAUCCAUCGGACCUUAAUACAGGCAAACAAUGAGGCCUGUAACUGCAGCCCUCUGGGUGGCAGCCAUGUUGAUGGGACUCAAGUUAAGUGGUUCAUCACCUGACAGCAUCGUAGAUCGCUCAUCCAAAAACCUCUCCUUUGUCCCGAGAGACCUGCCCCAGACGGCUGAGUCUGUAGACCUUUCAUGCAACCACAUACAGAAACUUCACCGAGGAGACUUCAAAAACACCUCCCUCCUGAGGUUCCUCAACAUUUCGUGGAAUAGUUUGGAUGACAUCGACCCAGGGACGUUCCUCGACACGCCGCUCCUGGAGGAUCUAGACUUGUCACACAACAGACUAAGGGACCUGUCGGCUCAGCGGUACCUGCUCCACACGGAGAACCUUCUGGUGCUAAAUCUGGCCUGUAACAGGUUUCUUACUAUGACACUGGGGAGGGAGUUCAGUUACCUGGUAAAACUUGAGAGAUUAGCACUUGGAGCUCAAAACAUCAGUGCGGGUGAUUUCAAGAAUAUUGCUGAAAUGAAACUGCGUACAGUGACCCUUUCUCUGGAGAAUGAGCUGAGUUAUACAGCAGGCAGUCUGAAGGAUGUUCAUGCUCAAAGGCUUCAGAUAAUCUCCGCUAAUGAUCAAAUAAUGGACCGUUACGUGGUUGAUGAUGCUCUGUCACUCUUUAAAGAAGUUGAGUUGAUGGAUUUGACCGGUGGCUACAACGCCCUGAGCGAGCAGUUGACCAAGAGAUCAGAAAUCCUCACAUCUCAUCUUUAUCUCACCAACAUAUCAAUCGACUGGAAAGACUUGACACACUAUGUAAAUGUGGUUCUGCUUACAUCAAUCACCCAUCUGAGCGCCUCUGAUGUGGCUAUCUACCAUUUGCCUUACAUAGACACUAAAGUGACCAAGACAUCUGAAAUGAAGUCAUUCGAAGCCAGAAGGGCCGUGGUGAAGUCUUUCUUUUUUUCCCAGGAGGCUGUAUACAACUUUUUUAUCAAUAUGCCGGUAAAGAGUUUAGCAAUCACCGAGACUUCAAUCAUACACAUGACAUGCCCAAAGUCGCAGAGUCCCAUCGUCCUGCUGGACUUCUCCUAUUGUGCUCUAUCUGACUCCAUCUUCUCCAGAGUGGAGGGUCAACAAACUGUUGAAUGUGAGAAUCUAAAGAACGUGAGAAAAUUGACUCUGGUUGGCAACAAUUUUAAGAAACUUCUGGUGGUGAGCAAACGUGUGCAACACAUGAAGUCCUUGCAACAUCUGGACCUCAGCCUCAACUCCCUGGUUUAUGAUGGCGUGGGAAAAUGCGCUUGGCCACCAAACAUCACCAACAUGACUCUGUCUUCUAAUGGUCUAACAGACUCCCUUUUUAAAUGUCUACCAAAAGGAACAGAAACACUGGACCUCCAGAACAACCAGGUCUCUGUGAUACCAUCAUCCAUCUUUAAACUGAAUAACCUAUCAUCUCUGAAUCUAAAUGCUAACAGACUACGGGACCUGCCAGUAUGUAACGGUUUCCCCAUACUGACUGCGCUCCUACUCAAGUCAAAUUCUCUCCACGCACCGUCUGUGAACAAGCUGGAAAGCUGCCCCAAACUAAAAACCCUGGAUGUCAGUCACAACCCCUUCACCUGCACCUGUGCUCUGAGCAGUUUCAUAGGUCUUGGCAUCGAGUCUGAAAAGACAGAAAGUCACACAGAAAUUAAAUUGUUAAGUUGGCCAUUGGACUAUUACUGCACCUACCCAGAGGUCGUUAGAGACAUCACCUUGAAAGACAUCUCGAUCCCAGAGGUCUCCUGUAAUGUCUUCCUGCUAGCGGCGGCCAUCUUGUGCCCAGCAGUGGCAAUGAUUAGCGCAGUUGUGACCCUGUGCCAUUGUUUGGAUGUUCCCUGGUAUAUUGGCAUGAUCUGGCAGUGGACCAGAGCCAAACACCGCGCUAGAAUGCGUCAUGUUCGACCUGAAGAUCUGGUGGGUGUUGAGUUUCAUGCUUUUGUGUCUUACAGCCAGCAUGACGCAGACUGGGUGAAAAAUUACCUCCUCCCCAACCUUGAAGGUUACACCGGAGGACUCCGAAUCUGUCAUCAUGAGAAAAACUUUGUGGCAGGAAAAACAAUUAUUGAGAACAUCAUUGGCUGCGUGGAGAAAAGCCGACGCUCCGUGUUUGUUCUCUCGGCUCACUUCGUCAAGAGCGAGUGGUGCCAUUAUGAGCUGUACUUCGCCAGCCACCAACGCCUUGCUUGGGGCUCAGAUAGCGUUGUGCUGGUACUGCUCGAGCCUCUGCCUCAAUACCUGAUCCCAUCCAAGUACUACCAGCUGAAGUCCAUGAUGGGCCGACACACAUACUUGGAGUGGCCUCAGGACAGGGCCAAGCACAGGCUGUUCUGGGCUAAUCUCAGAGCUGCCCUACAGACAGACCUGCCAAAUGCACCAGUUACAGAACUAGAGGAGUGAUUUUAGAGGAAGAGGAAGUGGGAAGAGAAAGUGUGAAUUGGACAGUGUUCUUUCUUAAACACAGUGGUUCCCAAACUGGGGGAGGAGUGCUGCAUGGCUAAACGUAAAUGAAUGAUGCAUGGUACAGCUGCACUGCUAGCAAAGCAUGG